ACUGUGUCCAGAAUUAAUCCAAUGUGAGGGACAAUCUAUUCUAGAGUCCCCUUGGUGUGAAGCAAAUUUUAUGCUUAAUGGGAAGAAAAUUCUUAUAAAAUGAAUGCAUGAUAAUCAGGUUGUUCCAACUGCUAGAGCAAGCUGAAGCGCGACGCGGAAUGGGAGAUCAAAACAACUGGGUGAUCAGAGUAAACGAUGAACUCAAUCGUGUGUCAGAGAAUUCGUUGGAGAAAGAGACGGAGGAAUGGAAGAAACGAUCCAUUUACAAAGUGCCCAUUGCUGUCGCAGAUCUAAACAAGAAAGCGUACAGGCCUCAGACGGUGUCAUUUGGCCCUUACCAUCAUGGUGAGGGGUCUUUGAAGCCUAUGGAGGAGCACAAGCGCCGCGCUCUGCUUCAUUUCCUCAAAAGAUCAAAGAAACCUCUUCAAUUGUAUGUCAACUCUCUAGCCGAAGUGGUGCAACAAUUGAAAGAUUCGUACGAUUGUCUUGACAAAAAAUGGCAAGAAAACACUGAUGAGUUCUUGCAGUUGAUGAUUUUGGAUGGUUGUUUCAUGCUGGAAAUCUUGCGCACAGCCACUCUCAGUAUGGCUGAUUAUGCUCACAAUGAUCCAAUCUUCAGUGACCAUGGAAAGCUAUAUAUCCUGCCAUACAUCAAGCGAGACAUGCUCAUGCUUGAAAAUCAGUUGCCCAUGCUGGUUCUCAGUAGGCUGCUUGCGGUUGAAGAUAAGAAAGCUAUGGAAGAUGAAGAGUUUGUCAAUACGCUCAUUGUCAAAUUCUGCUCCCUCCACGUUAGCACGAAAAAAAGAAUGGGAAAAUGCUUGCAUGUAUUGGAUGUGUAUAGGAAGAGCCUGCUGUCGGGAGAACCCCCUAAGAAAAAAGAUCAUUGGAAACCAAGCUCUUCAAGUGGUGAUGAGAUCAUCCGGUCAGCGUCUGAGCUUAAUGAAGCCGGAAUCAGAUUCAAGAAAAGUAAAAGUGUAAGCCUCAAAGACAUCUCAUUCCAUGGCGGAGUCCUAAGACUACCUCGCAUUGUGGUGGACGACGUGACAGAGCCGUUGUUUCUCAACCUGAUAGCUUUUGAGAGGUACCAUGUCGGGACAGGGAAUGAGGUGACCUCCUAUAUCUUCUUCAUGGACAGCCUCAUCGACACUGUCAGGGACGUUAGCCAUUUAAACUCCCGAGGUAUCAUCCAGAAUGCCAUCGGAAGUGACAAAGCUGCGACUAAACUAUUCAACAAUCUCUCUAAAGAUGUCACAAUCGACCCGAACUGCAGCCUCAAUGAAGUGCACAAGGAGGUCACUCACUACUGUAGCAAGCGGCUGAACCAGUGGCGCGCCAAUCUUAUUCACACCUACUUCACAAAUCCGUGGGCUAUUCUGUCUGUCAUUGCUGCCAUUUUCCUCUUUGCUCUCACCAUAAUUCAAACCAUAUACUCCAUUCUUGGUUACUAUCACGCUGAAUAAUCAGAUCUCAUUGAUUUCUGUCUGUUCAGUGUUCAUUAUAUAUAUCUGCAGCUUGAGUGCUUCAAUCCAUCUAUCAAUUGUUUGCUUUUCCAUACCAAUUUGAUUUGAUUGAUUUCAGAACAUUGUAACCUUUUUGUGACCUUGGUAAUUGAAUAAAAAUAUUCUUUGUAAUU